AUGCCAAAUUUCACGGAUGUGACAGAAUUUGUUCUUUUGGGCUUGACCAGUUGUCAGGAAUUUCAAGUUCUCUUUUUUGUGAUAUUCCUAGUAGUUUACACGAUCACUCUUUUAGGGAACGUUGGUAUGAUCAUUCUGAUCAGCAUCAGUCCUCAGCUUCAGAGCCCUAUGUACUUUUUCUUGAGCCAUUUGUCUUUUGUCGAUGUGUGGUUCUCUUCCAAUGUCACCCCCAAAAUGCUGGAAAAUUUAUUAUCAGAGACAAAAACUAUUUCCUAUGUGGGGUGUUUGGUGCAGUGCUACUUUUUCAUUGCCCUUGUCCAUGUGGAGGUCUAUAUCUUGGCAGUGAUGGCCUUUGAUCGCUACAUGGCCAUCUGUAAGCCUUUGCUUUAUGGCAGUAGAAUGUCCAGGAUUGUCUGUGUUCGACUUAUCUCUGUGCCUUAUGUCUAUGGAUUCUCUGUUAGCCUAAUAUGUACCCUCUGGACAUAUGGAUUGUACUUCUGUGGAAACUUUGAAAUCAACCACUUCUAUUGUGCAGACCCUCCUCUCAUCAAGAUUGCCUGUGGGGGGGUCCACAUCAAAGAAUACACGAUGAUUGUUAUUGCUGGAAUAAACUUCACAUAUUCUCUCUCUGUGGUCCUCACGUCCUACACCCUCAUUGUAGUCACCGUGCUACGGAUGCGCUCUGCUGAGGGCAGGAAGAAGGCAUUCUCCACCUGUGGGUCCCACUUGACAGCUGUAACCCUGUUUUAUGGGACUCUCAUAUUCAUGUACCUCAGGCGUCCCACUGAAGAGUCCGUGGAGCAGGGGAAAAUGGUGGCCGUGUUCUAUACCACAGUGAUCCCCAUGCUGAAUCCCAUGAUCUACAGUUUGAGGAACAAGGAUGUGAGAGAGGCAGUCAACAAAGCAAUUGCCAAGGCAAAUGUGGGGCAGUGA